CCAGCAGCCUCGCGCUGCCGGCGGCCAUCUGUUGCUGCUCCUCGGCUCCGUCCUUCACCGGCAGUCCCGCGGUGGAGACCCCUGCUGGAAGCUGGAAGCCAAGGGAAAGCUGCUUUGGGUGAAGGAUGCUCAGAGACACCAUGAAGUCCUGGAGUGACAGCCAGUCAGACCUCUACAGCAGUGACCAAGAAGAGGAGGAACAGAUGAUCUUUGGAGAAAAUGAGGAUGACUUGGAGGAGAUGAUGGAUUUAAGUGACUUGCCUACCUCACUCUUUGCUUGCAGUGUCCAUGAAGCUGUGUUUGAGGUACAGGAAGAAAAGGAGAGGUUUGAAGCACUGUUCACGGUCUAUGACAACCAAGUGACAUUCCAGCUGUUCAAAAGCUUUAGAAGAGUGAGGAUAAACUUCAGCAGUCCAGAGGCUGCAGCCAGAGCACGGAUAGAGCUGCAUGAAACUGACUUCAAUGGCAAGAAGCUGAAGCUGUACUUUGCACAGAUGCAGGUGUCUGGUGAAAUAGCUGACAAGUCCUACCUCCUUCCUCCACAACCUGUGAAACAGUUCCUGAUCUCUCCACCUGCAUCUCCACCAGUUGGAUGGAAACAGAGUGAAGAUGCAACCCCCCUGAUAAACUAUGACUUGCUGUGUGCUGUCUCCAAGCUGGGACCAGGGGAGAAAUAUGAGCUCCAUGCAGGAACAGAAUCAACCCCCAGUGUAGUUGUUCAUGUCUGUGAGAGUGAGACAGAAGAGGAGGACGAAAUAAAGAACCCCAAACAGAAGAUCCUGCAGACGAGGCGCCCAGAGCCACCCACCACAAUCCUGAGUGAAUCCAAAGCCUUUGAUUGUAGGCUGGAGGUCGGGGGUAGGAUGCACUGUUAACCUGGCUGAUGCUGCAGGUAGUAUCAAAGCCUCCAGACACCUCCUGAGUCCCUGUGUUGAUGUCUGUCCUGCUGCUAUAUCUUCUGUAUAGCGACAACAGGUUUUACUUGUAGCUGUCUCUCGUGUUCAAGGGUUUGGAUGCCAAUGCUCUGAAAAGCACUUUAAUUUUAGGGCCUAGUCCCCCCUAAGUGUAGCAAAUCCACCUGACUUGAAAUAGUGAGAAGUAGGAAGUCUGGUUGUGGUUGUUUUGGUUUCUUCUGUGGGUUUGGGGUUUGUUUUGCAGAGGUGUUGCCCUUUCCUUUAUGUUGUGCAGUGUGAUGUACCCAGUGCUGAAAUGUUCCCUCUCACCUUUGGAUCCAAGGACGUUCACUGUGCAGCAGCUCGAAGCUGAGCUCUGCUGCUGCAACAGCUCCCAGUUACCAGAGCAUUAAAUGCAAGUGGAACCUACUCCUUAGGCUGAAAGUUCCUUCCCAGCCUGCAGCUCUCUGAGGUGAAGAUUCAUCUUGGCUGCUCUCAGAAAUGCCAGGGAUGUGGGUUGGGUUUGGCAUGAGGCACAAAUACAGGCAUGGAACUGGAGUCAAGGCCUUCUGCUGGCUACCCACUGGAGAACAUGGGAGGAAGACCCACAGGCUGCUGAGGAGACAGGCUCCAGGCUGUCCCCAGCACUGCUGCUGCUCCUGCCUGGGGGGAACACUGCUGGACACCACGGUGUGCACUGACAGCUGAGGAAGAGAUUCAGCUGUUGGCUGUGUGGUGUCUGCUCCUCCCUGAAAACACAGCAAGGUUUGUUCCUGCACUCCUGGAGAUGGCCUCUGUUUAUACACAAAUUCAGUGACUGUCAUGCUCUGAGGUCUGGCAGGAGGUGAACACCACCUCGGUGAACUUCCACUUGGGCUCCAGCCUCUUUGCUGGUUUUGUUUAAGACAAUCAGUUGCCUGCAGCCAGUUUUUAAUGCAGUCUCAGCCCUUGUUUGCUGUCUUCUGGGGGGCAUCCUGCCUGAUGGGGCAGCUGCCACCUCUUGAGACCAGGAUGCAUCUUUCUAAAACACAGAGCUCUUCUUUUAGUGAAUUUUGGAGUGUUUUAGCAGGAGGCAAGCAGGCCUCAGUAGGAAGACACAUGCUCCUGUGCUUUUAUGCUGUUUUAUAACCAACCUUUCUCAGUCUAGACUGAUCCUGCUCUUUUUUUUCCUUUCCUAUUUGAAAAGGAAUGAAACUUCCUUGGGAGCAAAGCAGGCUGCUGAUGUUCUUGGAUGGAAUUUCCAUCACUCAGAAGUUGGCCUCGGUGGGGUUUCCCCCAAAUUCAUUUGGGUGUGCUUCAGUUCAUGAUGUGCUGACUGAGUGUUCCAGAGUGUUCCCACUUGAUGUGAUGGCAGAGAAAGGAAAAAAAGCCAAGCAGCAGUGGUCAUGGAUUUGCCAUGGGCAUGGCAGCUUCCAGCUCAGUGCUGUGCCAGCUCGUGGCCCCUUCCUGCCACCAGCAUCCAGCUGCUCAAUGGGAUCCUGCAGGCAGGUCCUCGUUCCAGAGGCAGGAACAGGCUGUGUUAACAAGGUAGGGAAGUGGAGGUUUGUUCCUCUGGCCUUCCCAGGGCUGGUAUUUCUCUCUCUCUCUCUCUCUCUCUUCAUGUUAAUACUUCACUAUUUAAAGAGGUAUUAAAACCACUCCCAAGUCUGAGCUCUCUGUCUCACUGUUCCACCCAGCCCAACACCAAACCCCCUGUGUCGUCUCCCAGCCUCGUGUGUCUCUGACGUUCCAGAAGGUCCAGCUGGGAUGUUUGCCUCUGUGGUUGUUUGUUUUGUUGGUUGUUUCAUUUCUCCCCCUUUGUAGAAGUUGCUGUGAGUAGGAGUCGGUGGAAGAACCUUCAGAAACAGUUUUCUAAGGCAAGCCAAGCAAGUGAUGUUGUCAGUGUACCUUGUGUGAAGUGUUUGACAACUCUCAUCCCAACAUCUUCCCUUGUGUAAAGACACAAUAAAAACGAUGCA